GUCUCGAAUUGUUGCAGUGACAAGUGAGCUUUAGUUAGGGUUAUUUUUUAAACCGGUUCUGCCCGAUUUAGUGUCUGUUUAUUGGCGCAUUAGUCGCACUGUAUUACUGUCGAACUUCUCGCACUUGGAAUCAGCGGUGUUUUCAGUCAUGUCGGGUGGAAACAUCAAAGACUUCGAUGAAAUCACGUCUUUUCUGGGAGACUACGGCUUCUUUCAGUAUCUCAUCAUGGUUGUGCUCAGUUUAAGCACAAUCACAUGCGGGUACACGGGAACGAUCGUGGUUUUCGUUUCGGAUACGCCCGAGCACCACUGCAGAGUGUCGGGCAACUCCACGCGUAACGGCACAGAUGUGGAGCAGAGCAGCUGGAUCGGACCUGACAGCUGCUCCCGGUACAAAGUGCACGGAAACUGGACGGAGACAGCGGGACCCAGCAACGACACAGAGCCAUGUCUGGAUGGGUGGGUCUUUAGCCGGGAGAGAUACACCGCCACUAUAGUGUCUGAGUGGGAUCUGGUGUGUGACAGUGCGUGGAAGGUCCCUUUUUCUACCUCCCUAUUCUUUGUAGGAGUCCUUAUUGGAUCCUUUAUUUCUGGUCACCUGUCAGACCGGUUUGGCAGAAAGCCGGUGUUUUUUGCCACCAUGGCCUUACAAACAGUCACUCCUCUGAUCCAGGCCAGCUCCGUCAGUUGGGUCAUGUUCUGUGUCCUCAACUGUCUGAGAGGAGUCGGCCAGAUAUCCAAUUACAUCACGUCACUCGUACUGGGCUCCGAGAUCCUUCGCUCGAGGGCCAGGAUGAGCUUCUCACUGCUGGGCCACAGUUUGGGUUUUGGCUUUGGAUACGCCUUGCUGCCGCUCUUUGCCUUCUUCAUACGAGGAUGGAGGAUGCUGCUGGUCGCUUCUGCCAUCCCCGGCUUCCUGUUUAUUCCAGCAUGGUGGUUGAUCCCUGAGUCUCCCCGUUGGCUUUUACAGAAAGGUCGGUUGGAGGAGGCCGAGAUGGUCAUUCGCACUGCCGCCAAAAGGAACGGAGUCCCCGCUCCUGAGAUCAUAUUCAGGACGGAUGAGUGCAUGGAGCUAACGAAAACUAAAGAUGAAGAGGAGCACACAUACUCCUUUCUGGACCUGAUACGCACCCCUAACAUGAGGAAUAUAACAAUUCUGAGUGUUAUUAUAUGGAUGUCCACCUCCAUGGUCUUCUACGGUCUCUCUCUCAAUACUAGUAACUUAAAUGGAAAUGCCUACCUCAACUGCUUCAUUUCAGCAGCCAUUGACAUAUUGACGUACAUAGCCACCUGGGUUCUGGUAAACCAUGUGUCACGACCCACACUCCUCUUCUCCAUGCUGACGUUCUGUGGCAUCAUGCUUCUAGUUAUAAUGCUGCUUCCUGAAGACAUGCAAGUCAUGCUCCAGGUGUUAGCUUUGGUGGGAAAGAUUGGAGUAUCUGCUGCUUACUGCCUCAUCUAUGUGUUUUUCACUGAGCUGAUCCCCACUGUUGUCAGGAACAUGGGCUUAGGGGUCGCCUCCACAGCUGCACGCAUAGGCAGCAUCAUUUGUCCCUAUGUCAUCUACAUGGGCGAGUACAGCAAGAUCCUGCCGUACAUUGUUUUUGGGGCAGUCAGCAUCAUGGCUGCCACUGUUAGCAUGUUGCUGCCAGACACCAGAAACAGCAAACUUCCUGAUCUUACCAGCCAGGCCAGACCUAUCAGAGGCUGCUGUUGUCCAAAGGAAACUGCUGAAGCCCAGUCAGAUGCAACUGUGAAGGCUUAAACAAAUGAGCAGAGCGCCCUCUGCUGGAAGAAAAUCACACAGCAAACAUUGACUGAUCACAGACAAAAGACUGGAAAACAAAUGGGAAGUAUUUGUUUUGUGAUGUGUUGGACAGACAUUAAUGUUGUUUAUGAGACAGAUCCUCUGAGCCUCUCAGGUUCAUUUUCAUACAUGGUGCAGAAUACUCAAUAUCAGUUGCAUCAUUGUGAAAAGAUUUUUAACAGUGUUUAUAUGUCAAGAGGCAGCUAGGCUACAUUUUCCUCAAACCACUAUAGUUUCUUGAUAAAUUAAAAAAACAGACGUCAGGGUUCAUUUAGUAUCAUGGUACAACACAGGGACCAACAGCGUUUAAACAGCAGCAGCAAAAACACUGUUGAAUUUGCCAGGGAGAUAAUGUGGCCAGUAUUUUAAUCAUGUGCAUUAUAUCCUGUGGUCCAGUGUAACACAGUGACCUUGUGUUGAAUUGUAGGCCUAAUUGUGAUGUGUUUUUUUAUUUUAGUUGAUUUUGUG